AGCUGUCAGUUGCUGUCGAACACGCGCGAACACAAGCAAACAUGAGCGUAAAUAAUACCGGCGUACGCGUACUACUGUAGCCAACGGAUUAAUCGUGCGUGUCCCCGUGAUUGUCCAGCAUGAAGCUAAUCUGUGAAACUUGCACCAUUAACCGUAAUGUAACGGGAGGAAAACGGGCGUUCCUGAAAACGAUCCUUGCCAUCGGUAAAGGAUCCGAACGAAAGUCGGACGGCACCAAGAUCAUGCUCAUUACGAGCAGCAACAAAUCCGGCACCCAGUACAACGUGCCGAAGAAUAUUAGUAAAAUAUUUACCCGUUUCCUGGACGAGGGAAAGGUGACCAUUUCCUUCGUAAUGCCCGAGCACGAUGUGCAGAUAAAAAGUGAUAAAGUGCAGCUGACGGCAUUUCUGAAGGUGUUGAAGCUGGUGCUCACCGGCGGCACACAGCCGGCGACAGAAGCAUCGCAGACGCCGACCACCACAAAUCCGUUUGCCCCGUCGUCAGCAUCGCUUCGAUUGCCGUGCCUUACGGUGGGCAAGAAAAAAUCGUCCAUCCUAGACUCGCCGAGCGUCCUGUCCACCAAGUGUGUCGUAACGAGCCGGAAGGACUACCCAGCGAAAGGAUUUUCCCGCCUGCUCGUAUCGCUGCAAAUCUCCGACAUAAAGCUAACGCGCUUCGACUCACAGAUACUGCUGUUGCAGAAGCUGCGGAGUUUAAAUCUGUCGCGAAACUGCAUUCGAAGUUUGCCCCGUGCCCUCGGCCAGAUGCGUCUGUGCGAGCUGGACCUGUCGGGCAACAGUUUGGCCGCCGAGGCCAGCUGGGAUUGGUUGCUCGAGCCGAACGUUCAAUCAUCCCUGCAGCAGCUCAACAUUUCCGACAAUGGACUACCCUUUCUACCCGUCAAUGUGAUUUAUGCGCGUUCACUGGUCACGCUUACCGCGGAGAAUAAUCACAUCCGUAAGCUACCAUUUGCGCUUUGGACGAUGAGCCGGUUGCGGAUUCUUUCGCUGGCGAAGAACCGCAUCGAUGCUGUACCGGAAACGUUGGCCAGAAUGAAGCUAGAUCGGUUAGAUCUGUCGGAAAACGAGCUGCACUGCAAUGAGGCGACGGUGCCGGAUUUGCGGCUGGCAGCAUCGGACUCACCCCACCGGCAACCGUCGAGCAUGUUUGAGCUGGCCGCCCGCACAGUUAUUCGUAAGAAGAUUCCGUACACGUUUCCCGGACUGAUUCCGUUCACCGUGCUGGAGGUGUUGCGCCGUGCGCCGCUGUGCAGCUGCGGCCAGCCGUGCUUCGAAUCGAAAGUGUUCCUUCGCACGAAAGUGAUUACGCUCAACUGUUCCUACAUGGUGCUGAACGCCAACCAACAGCUGAUGGCAGACUGUGUGUACUGCAGCGAGAAGUGCUCGCGGAAGUUGUGCUAAAAAAGUUAAGCAACUGUUCGUUUUAGUUAAAUAAAUUAUUGCAAUUCUCUCUUUUAACGUA